AUGAUCACACUGAUUGUAUUGGAAAAAGAAAGUUUGGCGAAUGAGUUGAAUCUGCUUCAAUCACAACUGACAGACUCUUCAUCAAAGCUGCAAAUGUUUCAGAACGUACACGACGAGUUGGAAACUACCAAAAACGAACGAGAAGAAAAGAAAAGUGAAAUGACUGACAUUAUAGGGGAAAAUCUCCAGUUAACAAACGAGAAUUCGGGGCUUAGGCGCAAAAUUGAAGCCAAGGAUAGAGUUAUUGCAUACAACCGAGCGAAAUUGGAGCAACUACAUAAUAGCCUUGAAGAAAAAAAAUUGCACAAGGUGCACGAAGAACUGGCUUCGAGUCAACGUGUUCUGGUAUCCAAAAACAGAACCAUUACCAAACUUCAAGAGCAAAAUCGAGAAAGUCGAGUGGAAUUGGAGCAACUCCGGACUUGCCUAAAUGAACAACAAUUGGACACGCAGCAGUUUGCCGUGGCUAAACGAGAGCUGGAGUCAAAGAAUACAACCAUUACUGAACUCGAAGCGACAAAUCUCAGUUUGGCCGAAAAUGAUGGGCGGUUAAGGCGAAAAAUCGAAGACAGAGAUAAAAUUAUCGCAUCCAGUGCGAUUGAGAAAUACCAGAUUUUAUUGGAUAAAGAACGUUUGGUGAAUGAGUUGAGUCUGCUUCAAUCCCAACUGGCAGACUCCUCAUCAAAGCUGCAAAUGUUUCAGAUAGUACACGACGAGUUGGCAGCCACCAAAAGCGAUCUGGAAGAAACGAAAAGUCUAAAUUCUGCCAAUACAGGAGAAAAUCUCCAUUUGACAAAUGAGAAUUCGGGGCUUAGGCGACAAAUUGAGGCCAAGGAUAGACUAAUCGCAUCCUGUCGAGCGAAAGUGAAGGAAUACCAGACUUGCUUAGAUGAACCAAAAUUGGACAACAUACACAACGAGUUGGCUGUGAGCAAACGUAAUAUAAAAGAACUUUUAACAAAAAAUCACCGUUUGACCGAAAGCGAUAGCCAGUUGAGGCGAAAACUGGAAGACGCCGAUUGUCUUGUUCUAUCCAACCGAAAGGGUCAAUCAGCUGGUGGAUCAAAUGAGAACCCUAGACCAGGAAAAAGACGAAGCGGUUCGGAAGUUGACCGAAUUGCAACAGAAACAAAUGCAACCGAAAAUGACAACGGACGUCGGGUGUGGUGA